UACGUAUACAUACAUGCUUCUAUAUGCAUGUAUGUUGUUUGUGUGUAUGUCAAUCCAAAAUUACUUUGUUACCUAUAGGGUAUUAUAAUACCGAUUUGACGGAGUUUAAAUAAGUUUGUUUUGCAAAUUGUUUGUAUACAAUUGCAAAAAAAAGCCGGCAAAUACUUUUUCAUAGAUAAUAUUCCUUUUAUUCUACUUUCAUUUUAAUAAUAAACUUAUUAAAAAUUUUACACAUAAAGUUUAUUAACGAAAAUAAUGUUAAUUACAAAUAUUCAUUUCUGAAUUUGCAAAUUGGCUGUGAUAUUUAACUUAAAUAAUGUUUUAAGUGCAGUUCAUUAAAAAUAAAAAAUAUGAUGAAAUUUCUGAAAAUCAUUAAUAAUUACUACAACAAAUUAUUAAAUUCUACAAUUGCUUCAGUUUUACUUUUAUGUUCCUUGUGUUAUUUGAGCUACGGUCAUGCUUUACGUGGCACCUUCGUGUUUGAUGACACAGUUGCCAUUAAACGAAAUAAAGCCAUCAAUCAAUUGCCCACUAACUUAACAGCAAUGUUUACUAGUGACUUUUGGGGUUCAAGUAUUACAGAUGAUGAAUCUCAUAAAUCUUACCGACCUCUAACUUCGUUGAUGUUUCAUCUGGAGUGGGUAAAAUUGAAACUAGAUCCAUUUCAUAUGAAACUUAUAAAUCUACUAUUACACACCAUCAAUACAAUUUUAGUUUUAUUAGUAAUGAGAAAAAUAAAAUUUUCUACAUAUUCUUAUACAGUGGCUCUAUUGACAGCCAUUUUAUUUGCCGUGCAUCCGGUCCAUACGGAAGCAGUAUCGGGUAUAGUAUCUAGAGCUGAUUUGAUGUUUUGUUUAAUAUAUCUAACGACAUUACUUAUUUGUGUGGUAAUGUAUAACAAGAAAGCCAUCUGGUUACCAGGACUCGUAGUAAUCCUUACAUUAGUGGGGAUUUUAUUUAAAGAAUCAGCCAUAACUAUACCACUAUCCUGUGUACUUUUGGAUUAUACUCUACAGCGUGUCUAUACAUUAAAUUGGAAACAGCAAUUAAGGAAACUAUUAACAAAAACUAACAUAUUCUAUGCCUUAACAACAAUUUGCAUAAUCGCGUUACGACUCUGGAUAGCAGAUUUUAAAAGUCCUACAUUUCGUAAAGCUGAUAAUCCUGUGGCUCAUGCCGAUAGUUUUUUAACGCGGGUACUAUCACAAAAUUAUCUUUAUGUGUACAAUAUAAAAAUUCUUCUAAACCCAUACCACCUGUGUUUCGAUUGGGCCUUUGAUUGUUUAAAACUUGUAGAAAAUCUAACAGAUUUACGUGUAAUACCUAUACUCCUUUUAUAUCUGUGUAUUUCUGUCUGUCUUUAUAAAUAUCAAUAUAAUUUUGUGGCUGUUUUUGGCUUACUACUCAUCAUAAUACCAUUUUUACCCGCCUCGGGUGUCAUUAAAGUGGGCUUUGUUAUUGCUGAGCGCGUUUUAUAUGUUCCCUCUAUUGGUCACUGUUAUUUAGUAUCGUGUGGUUUUAUGUAUCUGCAGGAAAAAAUAAAAUAUCGUAAAAUAUUAUCAUUUGGUUUCACCGUAUUAGUGUUAAUAUUUAUUUUACGUUGUCGUCAACGUUCUACACAAUGGUUAACGGAAGAAAAAUUAUUCACCUCAGCAUUGGCUGUAUGUCCUAAUAAUGCCAAGGUUCAUUAUAACAUUGCUCGUCUAUCGGCCGAUAUGAAGAAUAAUGCCCAAGCUUUUGUACAUUACCACAAAGCCAUUGAACUAUAUCCCGCUUAUGAUUCUGCUCUUAUGAAUUUAGGUAAUCUUUAUCGUGAAACUGGCGAUUUAAGAAAAGCCGAAAUAUAUCUUCAAAAAUCUUUGGAAGUUACACCAGAUUUGCCUGCAGCUUGGAUGAACUUGGGUAUAGUACAAGCGGCUAGUAAAAAAUUUAAAGAAUCACUCAUCAGCUAUAAGAAGGCCUUAAAAUAUCGCAAAAACUAUCCAAACUGUUACUAUAAUAUGGGGAAUUUAUUUUUAGAACAAAACUUAUACACAGAAGCAUUAAAUCAUUGGCAAAGAGCAAUUUCCCUAAAUCCAAGUUUUCAAAAAGCCUGGACUAAUAUGUUAACAAUGUUGGAUGCAAAAAGUAUGUUUGAAGAUGCUUUACGUCUAUCCGAACAGGCUCUUAUACAUCUGCCCAAUGAAAGUUCAAUAUUAUUUUUACGUGCCAAUGUUUUUGGUAAACUUGGACGUUAUAUAGAGGCUGAACAAUUAUAUAAACGUAUUGUUGCCAAGGAACCAUUAAAUUAUAUGUAUCAUACUAAUUUAGCUGUACUCUAUCAUCGUUGGAAUAGAUUAAAUGAAGCUAUUGCUGCAUAUAGAAAGGCGUUAGAUGCUAAUCCACAAAAGGCGUUAACAGCUAGAGACAAUUUAGGUAAACUAAUAAAGAGAUUAGCAAAUGAAAAUGUACACAAAAAACAGACGGCUAGUAUAAGUUAAGAAAAUAUAAACAAGAUAUGUUUUCAUUUAAUAAACUCACCCAACUAAGUAAAUACUUACUAUUCAUAAUUUAAGGAAUUUUUUUUUAUCAAAAUGUCAUUAUUAUUUGUACACCUUUAUAUUCCAUAUGAUAUUGACCAUUAUUUGUCUUAUAUGAUACAUAUGUCGCAUAGCUUAAUGUUCUAACAAGUUUAUAAAUUAUCAUUUAAUAUGUCUAAAUAUUUACCAUUUAU